AUGAGCUCAUCGUCAGAAGGCAUGGAGGACAUCGAAAGGCUGAAGCCGAAGCGAACUGCACAGCGAGGGCGGAACACAAAAAUAAUCAACGAGGUGAGUUCCGCUCUUCAGAAAACUGACGUAACUGUAGAAGAGCUGACCGUUCUGAUAGAACGAUUAACGGCCAGCAACAAGAGGUUAGAGAAGAUAAAUGAGGAGAUAGAUCCACAAAUACCGAGCGCUGAGAUAGAGGAAGAAUAUUCCGUGAUCGCGGAGUACGAAGAUCAAGCUCUCAGCGCACUUGCUCGAUUGAAGUGUGCGAUCAACAAGCUAAAUGCCGGACAUAUAGCGACUGCUGCGCAAAAUGUAACUGAAGCAGGUGAAGAAUCCGGUGCAACUCCUAUGGUGACCAGCAAUAUACGUGCCGCGCUAUCCACAGGCACGGGGCGUAUAAAGCUCCAGAAACUGGACCUAUACAAGUUCGAUGGGGACCUGCUUUCCUGGCAACCGUUCUGGGAGCAGUACUGCAGCGCCGUUCACGAUAACCCGAACUUGUCCCCGUCAGAGAAAUUCCACUAUCUCAGAUCUCGGUUGACGGGACAAGCUGCAGCGGCGGUGUCAGGCCUGCAAACUGCAGAAGCCUGUUACAACGACGCAGUUGAGAUUCUGAUGAAACGGUUCGGUGACAAGAAACGAAUAGAGCAGCAUCUAAACUCCGACUGCUGA